UCAUCUUUCCGCGCCGCGAGUGCUGAGGACGUGAGCAUGGGACACCUUGGCUGUUGGUUUCCUGCGGCAUUUCUCAUAAUUCUGCAUCAUUAUCCAGGACUUGCUGCACCCACCUGCAACCUGCAGCUAGAGUUCAGCUGCACCGAUGGAUCGUGUAUCCUGAGAGAGAAGCUCUGUAACGGAGAGAAAGACUGUGUGGACGGAUCAGAUGAGCGUCAGUGUGGUGGCACUCGGUGUAAGAAAGAUGAGCUCCUCUGCCGGAGCGGACGAUGUUUGCAUCAGCGGCUCUUUUGCGACGGCGUCGACGACUGCGGUGACGCUAGCGAUGAGAUUUCCUGCCAAAACUGCGGCCCGGGCUUCUUCUCCUGCGGCCGCACCGGCGUCUGUCUGCCCAGGCUGAAGCUGUGUGACGGUCAGAAGGACUGCAGGGAUGGAGAGGACGAGGCCAAGGCCCUGUGUGGACUCACAACACCCAAGGCCACGCCAUCUUGCUCUGAGUCGGAGUUCCAGUGUGGCGAUGGUCAUUGUGUGCGUCUCAGCUGGAGAUGUGAUGGUUCGCCUGAGUGCUCCGACGGCAGCGAUGAGAUGGACUGUGAUCAGAACGAGUGUCUGGUGGAUAACGGAGGCUGCUCUCAUCGGUGUGUGGACCUGGCCAUGGGUUUUCACUGCUCCUGCCCUGAGAACAUGCGGCUGGUGGAGGACCGACGGUGUGAGGAGGUGGACCUGUGCCUGGACAAGGACGUGUGUGACCAGCUCUGUGUUCACGCCAACGACAGCCUCACCUGCGACUGCACUCAUGGCUACAUGAAGCAUCUAAGAACAAAGGAGUGUAGAGCUAAAGGAGAAAAGGCUCAACUGGUUUUUGCUGCCAAUGAAGUCAUCGGCACCAUGUACCUGACCGGAUCCACCUGGAGGACAGUGGCGACCGCUUCUUCCAACGCCGGGCCCGUUGCUGUCCUGAUCGCUAACCAAACUCUCUUUUGGGCCAGAGGCGGGUCUAUCAACAGCGUGUCUCUGAGUGGGAACCCUCCCGAGGCCCUGUCAGUGUUCAGGGUCCAGGGCUCAGUCUCGGGUCUGGCUGUGGACUGGAUCCAUCACCUCAUCUAUUGGACGAGUGUGGAGAGCAACUCUGUCAGUGUUGGGCGACUGGAUGGUUCUGCUCAGCGUCAGAUCGUCCGAGGAGUGGAGCGGCCGUCUGCGGUGACUGUGGAGCCUCUGCAGGGUUACGUCUUCUUUGCGAACUGUGGGGAGUCACCGUCGAUCGAGAGGACGACCCUGGAGGGGCGGGACAGACUGGUUCUGGUCGCUUCAGGCAUACGCCGUCCAGUUGCACUCACUCUGGACUUGCCUCGCCAGCUGCUUUACUGGGCCGACGAAGGGACCAGGAGCAUCUCCAGAGUGACCCUAGCAGGACGUCAUCGCAAGGCCGUGGUGGAGUCCAACGGCUACCUGGACCGGCCCGUCGGCCUGGCUGUGUUCGAGGGUUUCUUGUACUGGACUGACCAGGUGACGCACUCCAUAUGUCGAGCCAACAAGCACCAUGGCGGCCAGUUCCAGGUCUUGCUCACUGACUCCAGCUCUCCUGGUGGUGUCGCUGUCAUCCAGCCGGUCCUGCAGCCCGACAGGGCACCUGCUUGCAGCGGUGCCGGCGUGUCAUGCGUGCCCGAGUGUGUGGCUGACCUGACCUCCGACCCCGCUGGCACUAUCUGCACACAGACCAGGAAAAACGGAUCGCAGGAAAUUCCUGUCAUUUCCCACACUGUUUCGGCAUCUGAUCUAUCUGACCCCAUGUUUGCUGGGAUCCUCGCUCUCAUCGUGUUCCUGAGCGUGUCGCUGGUGGGGACGGCGCUGUGGUGGUGGAGGGACGAGCUCCGGCCCAGCCGCAGUCUCACCCUGCAGAGUUUCUUCCUGAAAGAGUCCCAAGAUCCGCUGAUCCAAACCCCCGACGUGUGUAUCAUCAAGGAAUGUCAGCUUAAGCUGGACUUGGACGCCGACUGAGGGCGCGACACAUCACAGGUCCGACCCGAAUCAACCCCCGGAGUCAAAGACGCUCCAGAAACUCUGUCCCAGAUACAAAUGCUGCUCUAGAUUCCUAUGAAUGUAAACGUUUGGCCCAGCGGAGCCGAGCCGAUUCAUCGCAGCUUAGUCAUAUGAAGAUGAACUACUGCCUUCGGAAGGAAAGGAGGAUUAGAAUUGACUUGCUUUAUUGUGCAGUGUGGGGUUGGAUUACUGACAACUUUUUUUUUUUUUUUUUUUUAAACUAUGCAUUCCAGUGUUUGAGGCCAUAGCUUGCUGUUCAAGACUCCAAAGGUGCCUUUCUGCUGCCGCCCUCUGUUGUAAACUUCAAUAUGAAAAGUGCAAAAUUGUCUGUCAAAAGUCAUAUACUGCUCCUGUUCAAUUCCACCUAGGUGGCAGCACUGAGCGUCCAUGGUUCUGAAAGGUUUAUAUCAGUCUUUACACUCAUAAACCGUCAAAUACUGUCGUGUGAUAUUUGACAUUGAAAAAUAAAGAUAUCUAAAUAUUGAAACUACAAAACGAAAUUAAAAGAAAACAUGCACUUGCUUCAUGCAAUUGGUUUAAUCUCCAUUGAUUUAUUUAUUUAAAUGUUGCUGUGUUGAACUUGGAAAUAAUAAUCUAUAUUUGUAUUUAAACAGUGAAAAGAAAAUAUCAGUUGGAGAUCAGCACUUGUGAACCGUAGUUAAAUACACUAAAAUAUUAAAAUUUAAAAAUAUAUAUAUAUAUAUUCAUAGAUCUUUAUUUUUUAUGUUUGCACUUAUUCCUGAGGUCAUCACUGGAAGUGAACAGCGGCACCUCACGUUUUAAAGCGUGCGGCAGUUCUUAUGUGGCCAUGUAGUUUAAAACCUCAGCAUCGACUUCCUGCUGUUCUGCUGAGUUUACUGUGGCAACGUAGUUUCUGUUUUAUGGAUGAAAUGGACGGUUCUGGGUCUUUGUGUUGGCCUUCUGCGUGUGACGGUGGGGAGGGUUGGUCAUGUGCUGACGGGGAGUUUUUGUUGUUGUAUUUAUUCAUAGAGACUAUUUCUGUUUGGGCAGCUCUCGAGUUUCAUGUUUUUCCUCUCUUCAUCCU